AUGUCCAAGAAGGAGCAGACCGUAGGUGGUGCCGCUUUGGACUGGGGCAAGCUGGUUUUCGGCACUCGAGUGGACACCCAUUGCUAUAUCAAGCAUGUGUGGAAAGAUGGAGCAUGGGAUGAGGGCGAGAUGGUCGAGGAGCCCUAUGUCAAGAUGCACGUCUUGGCCAAUGUCUUCCACUAUGGCCAGGCCAUCUUCGAAGGGCAGAAGGUGUUUCACUGCAAGGAUGGCAAGGUUCGUAUCUUCAAUGACAAGAUGAACCACAUCCGCAUGAGUCGAGGUGCUGAGCGCAUGGGUAUGCCUACCAUGUCCCUGGAAAUGUUUCAGUCGGCCCUGACCCGGGUGACUUUGGCGAACCUGGAUUUUGUGCCACCCUAUGGCAGCGGAGCUUCGCUAUACCUCCGACCCUUCAUGGUAGGCAGUGGGCCCCAACUUGGCUUGGGGGCUAGCUCGGAGUUCACCUUCAUAGUGGUGGUGGCACCGGUGGGGCCCUACUACGGCUCGGCCGUGCCCGCCAUUGUGGUGGAGGAUUACGAUAGGGCUGCACCCAAUGGAGUAGGACAGGUGAAAUGUGCGGGCAAUUAUGCGGCAGACAUUGUGCCAGCCGCCCGAGCGAAAAAGCAAGGCUUCCCAGUGUGCUUAUACCUGGAUGCCAAGGAACACCGCUAUGUGGAGGAGUUUAGUACCUCCAACUUUGUAGCAAUCACCAAAUCCGGGGUCUACUUGACACCGGACUCCGUCUCAGUGCUUGACUCGGUCACCAACGCCUCCUUGGAAAAGCUGGCCGUUGACAUGGGUUUGAAGGUGGAGAGGCGUAAGAUUGACUUCGAUGCAGAGGUGGAUAGCUUCAAAGAGGUUGGCGCCGUGGGCACCGGAGUAGUGAUUACCGUCAUCGAGUCCAUCACGCGAGACAGCAAGGUCUACAAGUUUGAGCAGUCAGAGGUGCUGCAAAACAUGUACAACAAGCUCCGGGCCAUCCAAACGGGAGAUGAAGCCGAUGUGCACGGCUGGAUGCGUGACAUCGCAUGA